AUGAAAGCAAUUGCCAGAUCUUACGUGCAUUGGCGAGACAUCGACCAAGGCAUAGAAAAUUCUGCGAAAAACUGUUUGGACUGUGCUAGGUUCAAAACAGACCCAGCAAAAGCAAAAGUUCAUCAUUGGGAAUAUCCCAGUGCAAAAUGGGAAAGAGUGCACAUUGAUUUCGCAGGACCUAUAUUUGAACGGAUGUUUUUACUCAUUAUUGACGCCCGUUUGAAAUGGCUCGAAGUUUACCCCAUGAAGACAGCCAACUCAUUCAAGACAAUUGCAUGCCUCCGAGACUGCUUUUCACGUUAUGGACUACCUGCAGUUUUAGUUUCCGACAAUGGCACACAGUUUACUUCUCAAGAGUUCCAAGCAUUUAUACGAAGCAACCCUUAUGAAA